AUCGUACCUGCCAGCUUGCAGUUACAGUUGCACCUCUAGUCCUUGGUGUCUUCGAAGUUCGGGCCACCUCAUAUUCCAUCGGUUUUGGCUCAUUAGACUUUCCUCCCCCGACCAGCAAAAAAAAAGACCACCUUCACGUCUGACCUUCGCAUUCGACCCACCAACUCCUCAUCUUCAGUUCAGCAUGGAGCUUGUCGUUGUGUAUUCUAUCUAGACCUCUGUUUCAUAUGUAUAUCUGUUUCCCGAGCCUUUGACCUCGUCACAUCGAAAACCCGCAUGAACCGACCUAAUUAGCCGACACACCAUGUCCUCUGAGACCGCGAACGCCUCGUGGCAUCCGGCUUUCAUGCCCAACGAUGCCGGUGGCGAUGCACCCUCGCGCGCAAACCUCGACGCCUCACCACCCCCAGCCCUCGCCCCAACUCAAGUCGCCCAAGAUGCCGAGCCUUUAAUGCCAACGCAACAAGUGAACCAGCUGGAGGAAGAGUCAGGACAAGAGACUAGCCCCUGGCUCGCAGAGGCCCCCGAGGAAGAUGCCACUGACGAUUGGCCUGUCUUUGACCGAGAGGUGAUAGACGUCCCAGUCGAAUCUGACGCGGCCACCGAGAAAGUUGCCGAUAUGAACGCAACCGCGGAGCCUGGGCCGACAUCUCCAUCCCCUCUUCCUCCGGCGGCAGAGAGGGCUGCCCCGGAGCCACGUACUGUCGCCGAGGGAUCCAAGCCAGCUGCACCUGUGCUGGGUCACACCAGCAACAACUCAUUCACCAGGACCGUUUCCCACGAAUUUAACUGGGAUGAUGACCACGACGCCGAGUGGACUCUUCCUCGAACCGAUACAGAUCCUUUCAAGUUCAUGCCGCCUAGUGACAGAACCAAUUCGUUCCCACCUGUGCCGCCUGUUUCCGGAGCAUCCACUACUGUCCCAGUCCCUGGCACGGAGCAGCCCCUUCCGUCCAACCAAGCCGAGGAUCUAAUCAAUGAGAUUGAGAGCGCGCCCGAGCAUUUCGACACUGGCGCCCGCGAAGAAAUGAAUCAUGAUGCGACUGGAUUUGAUGGUGGAUUCGGCGACGAAGAAACCCGCGACGAUGAACAACACUACGUUGGUCGCGACGCGACUUUCACCGAAGAAGAAAAUCUUGGUUCGCGGUACGAAGAAGGAGUUCCGUUGAUUCCCCACGCGGAAACAAACGGGGGGAGCUCGCAACCCUCGCAGAUCCUGGCUGGCUUCGAGGAGGAGGCAACCGGCGACGAUGAUUUCUUCAGUCAGGUCCAGAGCUCCGGCAAUGACGACUUCCCAGACUUUGCCGGGAACCAGCCAUUGGAGCGCAAGUCUACGAUCCAAGUCAUGGGUGACAUGGACACAACUACACUUUCCAAAGUCGACAUGUUAGGAGAGAUGCUUGAAGAGGACGAGGACGAGGCGGAGGGCGACAACGAGAAUAAGGACGAGAAGAAGAACAAUGACGACGAGAAUGAUGCGGCGGCCGAGACCCAGCCAACGGACACAACGGAUGGUCUGGAGGCAACCCCAGAGUUUGCACAGCUUGAGGAUACAGAAGCAAAGCCAACGGAUGAUCUCGCCGCCAAGUGGGAAGAAGCUUUUGCGGACGAUGAUGGUGAGGACUUUCUGCUCGACGACACAAACGACGAGUCCAAGCCAGUAGAUCCCUCUGCAUUCUUUGGAAGCGACGACGAAGGCUUUCUUGAGGACGACGAUGAACCUCAACCUCCUCAUUCUCUCCCCGCGGCGCCCUCUCAGGUCCAGCCCGCCAGCCAGCAGGGGCGAUACACGCCUGCUGCCGUACCUCAGCAAGCUGCCUCGUCUCCUUACGCUCCAAGCACGCAGGCGGUAUCAUCUCCAUACCAACCCCAAGCGCCAGCUACACCGUUUGUGCCUGUGGCUCCAUACGACGCUCAGCGCACACAGUCAGCUGCCCUUCACACCGUCCAACAGACGCGUCCUGAGCCUCCAAAAGCACAGAGUUUCGCGGCCCAAUCCAAAGGCGGCUACACAUCUCCGUAUGAUCUUCCUAUGGAAGUGGUUGUUCCAAAGAAAAGGGCCAGCAUGCAGCAGCUCCCUCGAAGCUCUUCGACUGGGCCGGUACUAGCUCCUCCAAGAAGCUCCGGCAUGAAGGCUCAUACGCCCCCGCCCCCGCCGGGACCUGCUCUUUCUAGUACCCCGCCCGCAAGGUCGAGCCAAUCUGUACAGCCUCCUCUGGCAGGAAAUAAAGGGGCUCCGACUCUCCGAAACAAGGACAGCUUCUUCGAGGAGCUGCCUGUGGCUUCCAAGCCUCGGUCUGCUUCGCGACAGAGCUAUCGUGUUUCCUCGCCUUCUCUGGCUGGCCCUCCCGAGCCUCUCCAGCCCUCAACGCAGGCUCAACUUGCUCCGUCGCCUUUGUCGCCGCCCAUGCUCUCGCCCCCUGGUAUGUCCCGCUCGGCAUCCGGGGGUAUUCCGAACUUGGUGCCUGGCGAGCGCGUCAACCCCUAUGCCCCUCAAUCGGCACAGCAGCAAGUCCCUGGCAUUCCGAGCAACGCCAGGUACUCGCCUGCCCCUCCAUCAGCGCCGGCGACCAAUGGAGCCAGUCGUCCGACCUCUUCAAGCAGAUACUCGCCAGCGCCGACAGGGGCAAGGCCUCCCGUCCCCGCUUUCCACUCAGCUACUGCGUCUCCCACUGUUUUGCCGCACUUGCCCAGGACAUCCAGCCCCCUGGCUCACUUUGAGGUCUCGCGCGAGGCGCCGGCAAACAAUGGCGACCAUGCGCAACCCGAUCGUAGGUCGAGCUACAGUCUUGAGCCUCGCCGAGUGCCAUCGCUCCCGACGACGCGUGAGGUCGAGGAAGAGGACGAGUCGAAGUCUUCGCAGCCAAGUCAAUCUGCCAAUGGCGUCCCUGCAGAAUCUCGCUAUAGCCCCGCGCCACCGGCGGCAGCAAGGCAGACGCCCCCGCCGUCCUAUGCCCCUCCUAUGAGCUCGACUUUGUCUCCUCCCAAGAGGUCAACCUCUGGCUACCUACCGCAAGCCGCCCUCCACGAUUCGCCGCCAGACAACAGGUUUGCACCACCCCAAAGGUCCUACACGCAGUCGCCAGUAUCCUCCCAUGAGGCGCGCCCGUCGUCUCAACCCGUGCCUCGGCCAGCUUCAGUCCAAAGUCCAACAUCGCCUCGCGCAGCGCGAGCGUUUCAGUCGGCGCAGGCUUCGGUGCCCCGCCCUCGGGGAACGUCUCAGAGUCUGAACUUGGUUGCGCCGACCGAUGGCCGCGAAAACGACCCCCUCCAACGAUGGAAAGGCGCACCGAUCAUCUCGUGGGGUGUUGGCGGAACCAUCAUCACCUCGUUCCCCAAGAAUGUGCCGCGUUACAGCAUGGGCUCAACAGCCCCGAUGAUCAUCCGCAGCCCGGGAGAAGUCCACGUGAAACAUGUCAAGGACAUCCAGCCGCUCGAAGAGAGACUGGCAAAGUUCCCCGGACCUCUGCGUGGCAAGUCGAAGAAAAAGGAAACAGUAGCCUGGCUGACUGCGGGGAUAGAAACCCUUGAGAAAGAGCUGCCCGAUAUUUCCUUCCAAACCCAGUUGUCGCACGAGCACAAGCGUAUCAUUGAGAGGGUUCUACUGUGGAAAAUUCUCAGAGUCUUUGUCGAACACGAUGGCGUCUUGGAAGGCAAUGCCGCGGUUGACAAGGCCGUCAGGGAUGUGCUGGCUCCUGGCCUCGGCAUCGAUGAGGCUGAAGGCGCAACAACAACAACAGGCUACGGUGCUGGUGUCAGCGGCGUCGAUGCACUCCAAGAAUCUUCCUCGACUCAGAUGAAGGCUGAUGCCGUGGAUUCAUCCGUGAUGAAUCAGAUUCGAAAACACUUGCUGGUUGGUGACCGCGAAAAGGCGGUUUGGGUUGCAGCCGACAAACGACUCUGGGGACACGCCAUGUUGAUCUCCAACACUGUGUCCCAGGAUCUGUACAAACAAGUGGCACAGGAAUUUGUCAGGAAAGAGGUCAACUAUCCUGGACACAACAACGAGUCCGUCGCUGCGCUGUAUAAGGUGCUCUCUGGGAACCAUGACGACUGCGUCGAUGAACUGGUGCCCGCUCACGCCCGCGCUGGUUUCCAGCUCGUCAACACAACCUCGUCUACCGGGCCGACGAAGGAUGCAACCGAAGGACUCGACAAAUGGCGCGAGACCCUGGGAUUGGUCCUGAGCAACAGAAGCCACGAGGAUGUUCGUGCGCUGAAUGCCCUGGGCAGUUUGUUGUCCUCGUACGGACGAGCCGAAGCUGCGCAUAUCUGCUUCCUCUUUGCUAGGAAAACCACCGUCUUUGGGGGUCUGGACGAUGCAGCCUCCAACUUCGUGCUUGUCGGAGCGGAUCACAAGACUCAGGGUGAACAGUUCGCAAAGGAAACCGAGGCACUGCUGUUGAGCGAAGUUUACGAGUAUGGCCUGUCACUGGCAGGUGGCUCAACUUUGUCCGCGGGCGUGCCGCACUUGGCUGCAUACAAGCUCCAGCAUGCCAUGACACUGGCCGAGUACGGCCUCCGUGACAAAGCGUUGCAAUACUGCGAGGCGCUUGCCACGUCCAUCAACGCCCAGACCAAAAGAUCGCCCUACCAUCAUCCGAUCCUGGAGACAGCUGUAGAGAAUCUCAGGACGAGACUUAAGCAGGCGCCCAAGGAAGAAUCAUCAUCUUGGAUCACUAAACCAAGCAUGAACAAAGUCUCAGAUACAGUCUGGAGCCGCUUCAAUAAGUUUGUUGCUGGCGACGAGAAUGAUGGCUCUGCUGCAGGGGCAUCCGCGGAGGGCGGUGUGGAAUCCGGACCGUUUGCUCGGUUGGCAGGAGGCACGCCAACCAUCAGUCGAUCGCCAUCUGUGUCGAACUUUGAACCCAUCUACGGAGCCGGUGCUCCAAGUUUCCCUGUCGGCUCCCCUCCUGCUGCGGUUCCGCUACCAGUGACAAGGGCCGCGUCCCGAUAUGCGCCUGCCGCAUCUCAAACGCCGGCGCUUUCCAGCUCUUAUGAGCCCGGCUCCGGAUACACACCGGGCCCAGCCUCAGUCGGACGGUCAUCCAACGAGUACUCCCGCAGUGCGUACGAACCUCGAACGUCGAUGGAUUCACAGCCUGGCCACACAAACGGCGGGUACAUCCCUCAAACACCGGCAGCGCCGUCGCAGAGUUACACGCCACUUGGCUACGGUAACGGCCAAGAUACCACUGCUUCUGCUCAGAUACAACCGGGCGCAUCUACCAUGUCUCCCACCAUACAAUCGCCGACAAAGUCGACGUACCAGGGAUAUGAGCCCUAUGGCGCAAGCCAUACCCCUGCUGUCGCGGCAGAUGAAUACCGUCCCCAAGAGCCGACAGAGAACAAUCAGCAGCCAAACCCGGCUAGCUCAGGCUACCAGCCGCCUUCGUACGGAUAUGAGCCGCCGGCCUUGACACCCAAUGACGAGACGGAGACACACGCUGGGGAAUCCGGCGGCGCUGGCGGCUACGAGCCCCCCACUUAUCAGCCCUACGGCUACGAACCACCCUCGUACAACCCCGAACCUGGCAAUGACGACGAAGCCACGGAGCACAAGCCAAAGCCAAAAAGCUUCAUGGACGACGAUGACGAUGAUGAUAUCCCCGCUCUCAAGGCGCUGAAAUCUCAGGACAAGAGUAAAUCGGACAAGGACAAGGAGAAUGAGGAAAUGUUUAAGAAGGCGGCGGAGGAAGACGCUAAGCGAGCAGCAGCAGCUCAGCAACAGCAAAAGAAGGGAUGGGGCUUCACCAGCUGGUUCGGCGGCAAGAAGGAAGCCAGCCCCGACCCUCAGCAGGGUAACAAACCUGUCAAGGCCAACCUUGGUGAAUCUAGCAGCUUUGUGUACGACCCCGACCUGAAGCGCUGGGUAAACAAGAAGGGGGGUGCGGAUGCCACCCCGGCGAAGACGGCGACGCCGCCGCCGCCGAAGGGAGCCCCGAGAUCCAACGCGGGAACGCCGCCGCCACCUCGCACCAUGACACCGCCGAUGGGUCGGGCAAGCGCGCCACCCGGAGGCCCGCCGGGACCGGCACUAGGCAAAGCGCCAUCCCAGGAGAGCCUCAGUGUGCCUCCGGGAGCGUCGCGGCCGUCUAGCUUGAUACGAUCAGUGUCGAGCACAAGCACUGGUGGGCCUCUCGCCGGACCCCCGAGCCGGCCAGCAACGAGUAUGAGCAAUGCCAGCAGCAUCGAUGACUUGAUCAGUGCGGCAGGCCCGCGCAAGCCGGGAGCCAAGAAAGCGAAGAAGGGCGGCCGAUACGUCGAUGUCAUGGCCAAGUAGGCAACUACAUGAGAGAAUUGCGAUUUCCAAAUGCACAAGCGAGCGUGGCUAAGCUGGUGGAACGAACCAGCAGCAGAUGUUGUAACAUAGAUCUUCCAAGUAAAAACAUUGUAAUAGUUGAUUGGCGCCUUUGAUGCGGAAUGGAAAUGAUUAGCC